UUGAUGUGCCUACUGUGAUUUCUAAUUUUUCCUUUUGCAAGCAAAGUCUUUACCCGUGUGGACAUCUGACGCAUUGGCCGUCCGUCCCAACACCUUUCGGUAUACCACGCAUACUGUCAUGGUACGAGCACAAUUGUGUAUAUUAUUGCAAAUAUGACUUCACUACAGAAGGCCGAGGAGAUUGUACGCCGCUUGACCAGGAAAUAUGGGUACCUAAACGAGGAAAUGAUGAGCGAUAUCGAAAAAUGGAAACCAGAAUACCGUCGCGAAAUCGACGAAAACUGGCUUGCGAUGGAGAAUACGGCGGCGCACUCGAUCAAGACACUAGCCAAGCAAAUUUAUGGUAGUGGCGCUCGAUUUGUGUUUGAACUUCUUCAAAACGCGGAAGAUAAUAUCUUUUCCAAGACCACCGAAGAUCCUUUCAUUUCCUUUAAGGUGUAUGAAAAUCGCAUUAUUGUAGAAUGUAAUGAAGACGGCUUUACCGAGCGGGACUUGGUGGCCAUUUGUGCAGUUGGGCAGAGUACCAAAUCCUCCUCAUAUGGCUAUAUUGGCGCGAAGGGCAUCGGUUUCAAGUCUGUUUUUAUCGCCGCUUGGAAGGUAUAUAUCCAAUCUGGGAACUUCUCAUUUGAAUUUAGGCAUAAGAAAGAUGACCCAGGACUUGGUAUGGUCAGACCUAUUUGGGUAUCGACUCGUGAGAAGCUUAAAGGGCCACUAACACGCAUGACUCUUCAUUUUCAUGACGAAGGAGACCCGGACGAUCUUCAACACCUCAAGUCAAUGAUAUUCAAACAGUUGGAAGACCUGCAACAAACAUGUCUGCUUUUUCUGAAAAAACUUCAGAAAAUAAAGGUCACCUUUUAUGACAAAAAUGAAAGGGUCGAGAAGUCGAAAGAGUUCCUUAAGCGCCAAGUCGAUGAAUACCGAGUAGCUUUGGACACAAGCUCCACCAAAGGGACCAAGACAAGGAAUCAAAGUCAAAUUUACCAUAUCACGACAUUGAAAGCAAAUGAAUUAGCGAGGAGCGAUAAUCGCGAUUUACCCAAUACGGAUGAAGCUCGGGCUAUCUCGACUACGGCCGAGGUCGUUUUAGCAUUUCCUCUCUCAGUCCAAUUCAAGCCGCUUGUUGAUACAGAGAAGAAACAAGAAAUAUUCGCAUUCUUACCCGUAAGGGAAUCAGAUUAUAAGUUUCUUAUUCAUUCGGAUUUUGACACCAGCGCCAAUCGCCAAGACAUUAUCACCACUUCUAAAAGGAAUGAAAAUCUCCUUUGCUGGAUAGCAAAGGCAUUCGUCUGUGCCGUCAAAGAGUUUUGCAAGCAUGACACUUUAUGCUAUGAAUGGCCGUUGUUUCUUCCAACCACUCAAGGCGCCUCGAACACGUUUUGGGCCGAGCUAGAUGUGCAAAUUCAAGAAAUGGUAACUGGGAACCCCACUCUCAGAUCACGGCGCCGAAAAGAGCUGCGUCUCAUCACCGAUGUGUUCAUCCUUGAUUCUGAUGCGGUAUAUGGGAAAGAUGAGCCCAUAUUUGACGACCCAGUCAAGGAUCCGUUUCUUUCACGAAAGUAUUCUCCACGAGUAAAGCGGAUUCUGGAGGACUAUGGGCUUCAGUAUUUCACAGCAGACGAUUUAUUGGCAUUACUGAGAACUGAUAUUCACAACUCUAAUUCAAGAAUGUACGGAACGGAAAUGACCGAAGAAUGGCAUUCAGCUGUUGCUAGACUGCUUUGUUCAUGGUUUGAUCAUGGCUUUGCUGCGGCAAAUCAAUUAAAGGAAUUGCGUUUGAUUCCCCUUAGAUACGGGACAUGGACUUCUGCUGCGCGGAGUCCAGUAUAUUUUCCAGAAACAAAAGGCAUUGACAUCCCUGAAAAGCUGGAUAUUAGAGUUCUACAGGCUACGGCAGCGUCCAAUGUCAACCGAAAGAGGCUCUUUGAGUAUCUGGGUGCUUCAGAGGCGGAUGAUGCUAUAGUUAGGGCAUCGAUACUAAGGGCAUACACGUCGGCAAACAUUAUUCACCUCAAGGAAAGUAUGGCUUAUUUACGGUACCUAUAUCUCACACACCAUCCUGGGGUAUCUACCAAAACAGAGCUUAAAAAUGUUGUGGUGGUGGAUGGCCAGAGGAAUCGUUGUCGGCCAUACCAGACUGCCGUUUACCGUCCUGGAAGGACUCACUCUUUAAGCCCAGAGUCCCUUCUUGCGCCUGACGAGGCAGCUCCCGGAUUCUCAGUUCCAUUCAUCCAUUCAUCGUACAUGAGAAAUGCUCCAGAGAAACCUACUUCAGACCAUCCAUCUUGGGAGACGUGGCUUUCCAACUUUGUUUGCAUACGCGAACAGUUACCGCUUACCACAUACAGUGGAGAAGCGUUAUCGGAAGUUGUAAUGUAUGUCCAUGAACACCGUCCAGAGCAAUUUCUUGAACUGCUUAAGUAUCUUUGGCGGAAUGCGAGAUUAAAAGUCAGGGAAAACCAGACUCUACGGCGAAACAUCAAAGCUUUGCCCGCUAAAGAUCUUUGCAGAGUGAGCUACCCCAUCUCCCUGGGGGAUACAUGGCUCCCAUUUGGGAAUCUUUGCGGCCAAGUAUCACUAUACAUGGAAUUUCCGACACAUUUCCCAUUUCUCAAAAUCGAUAGCACCGGCUCAGCUGAUACAUUUGGUUUCGAAUGGAGCUUUCUUACACAGUGUUUCGAUGUCAGGAAAGAGGAAAAUUUAGACUUCUAUAUGCAAAUGUUGUGUUAUAUUCAAAAAUCACACCUGGAUGUCGUAUCAGCUCUUCAGAGACAGAAGAUAUUCGAUUUAUACGCUGCUAUCCACGCGAAGCUAGCCGUUGCUGGUAACCAAUUGGAGGAUCAACUCACAAUUAAGGCUUUCUUCGCAGAGGCCAGAAUUCUUGUGCCAGAUGAUGAAAGCACCUUCUGGCUCACAGAUGGUGAAGUCCCCAUCUGGGCAUCGUCUUCGGAUUGCUUGUGGCUCGCCCCCCCUGACAUGCGAUCAAAGUAUUCUCUCAGUAGCCUUUAUUCGAGAAGCUUAGGCGGUGAUCAACUGGAGUAUAUAGGGCGCCUGUUUCAAAGGAUUGUCGAAAUACCUUCUGCCUCAUUACUCGACAUUGUGGCUGAGUUGGAAUUACUGAAAGCUGAAGGUUGUGAUGACCUUCAACAGAUCGAUCGGUUGUAUAGAUAUCUGAGAAAAAUAACCCCCCCUAUAGACGAUUUGAGAGGCGUAUUUGCCACGAAACAACUAAUAUAUGCGAAAUGUCGUGGCGAAUGGAGAUGGUGCAACAUCUCCGAUUGUCUCUGGUCUAGUACGGUUGAAAUCCGGGGUAAGGUCACCUUGGAUUCGGACUACGAAGCCCUCAAAUCAUUUUUCGUUGAAAUGCUAGGCGUUACAUCACUCACCUUCCAAAUGCUCUAUGAUGAAUUGAAACAGCCGUCCCCGCAAAGUGGUAUCAAUGACCUUAAAGUCGCCAUCUUAUCUCUAAGCAGCCAACUCCAAACCAACUUGAUGCCAUUGGAUCCGCAACCAAUUCUGGAUGCUAAUAUUUUCCCCGUAAGAUACUGCAACGGAGAAGUCGCCCUCCGGUCAGCGAAGGUGGAUUUUGCUAUUCCAGACAGGGAUUAUUUAAGUAUUGGAUUCAAAGAGAAGAUAGCGAUGCUGGAUUUUGAUCUGGAAGAUAUUUGUCGGCUGAAGCCAUUUUUCGAGUGGACAAAACUUCAAGGAAGAUAUCUCUCUAAUUGCGUUAUGGAGGGAACCUCUGUCUCCGAGACAGGACGACCCAUUUUGGUAAAAAAUAGGGAUUUGAAGCGUAAAGCUUAUUAUAUUCUUCGAAUUGCGGCUACCUUCAGCAGCCCCCGUUAUCUGGCAGACCCAUCUGGAUUUUACCAGCUUUUGCGGACAAUGAACACCAUGGAGACAAAUCGUAUAUCUUCUACCCUGAGUGUAUCACAGAAUAACGAGCAAUUCUGCGUCGAGAACGUUAUUGGAAAUGAGCAUAUUGAAUGCACCUCUUCCGGACUCACAAUUUUUGUGCCUCGGAAGAGAAAGCCCCAGACGAUCUGUUUCAGCUCGGCACUGCCGAGAAAGUUCGCCGAGUGGAUAAUGCAAGAUCCGAAAAUGCAAAAAUCUGCCGCAGUUGAGAGUGAAUUAGUUAACACUCUAGCUAUUGUCUUUACAUGUGAUCGUUCUGUUCUCAACGAAAUCUGCGACCGUCAUGGAAUCAUUCAAGUUGGGGUGUCAAACGAGGAUAUCGAAGACGAUGAGGAGGAGCAGGACGAUAGUGAUUUCGAAGAGGAACAUGGUCAAAUUCAGGAACAACUACAAGAGCAAGAGCAAGAGCAAGAGCAAGAACGAAGGCAAGAGCAGUCGCUACGCCUUAACAACCGUACAUUAAGCGAAGGGACCCCAUCGGAACAGCUAUCUACCACAAGUCGUUCGCCAAGUCCUUCGUCAACAAAUACUAGCUUUUAUGAGACGUCAGAAACACCCUAUUUAAGACGUCAAGGAAGCAACUCGGAGACAUUAGCCGAGACCGUCAUUCGGCGAAGUCAUCUUUCAAAUCACUCGCCGCCGGUUGGCCAAAGGCAGGAAGAUAUACCUUCUCAUCAGCAACGUUCCAUUCUUUAUUCGGGCCAUUUGAGCUCUCCUGAUUCAUCUUUGACUCCAGUAGAGAGUCGUGAGAAUUUGGCAUCUUCGGGGGCGUCUGACGAUACGCAGUAUGGCGUGCUUUUGGAGAGGGUUGUUGCCACAGCUCAGAGUGCUACAUUUCCUUCUCAAGGUUCUUUUGAUAUGAGUGACUUGCGCAAUAACCUUCCUGGACAGCUCAGCGAUGAUACAUUUGAGAGUUUCGAUGGAUUGGGUAUUGUCACUCGAUUUCGAUCAGCGAAUCAGCUGGAGCGCGACAAGAAAGUCGGGGCCGCGGGCGAGCUAUUCGUGUUUGAGUUACUAUCCACGCUUGAAUUGCCCCGUUGGAGUAACGAGAACUGGCAGAGUACAAUUAGAAGUUACGUUAGGGCCCAUCCUAACUAUCGCAACAUGGCUAGUUGGCGUGGUAGAGAGACCGCAGACCUGGUUUACGACGAUACUGAAGGCCAGCUCACUAAUACUCUCAUCGGUUGCGGCUAUCUCGAUCAAGAUGAAUGGCAUAAUGCUCGACCCAAGUACUAUAUAGAGGUAAAGACUACUACAGGGCCACGCGAGACCCCGUUCUACAUGAGCAACAGCCAAUACGAGCGUAUGAGGCGCACACACGCAACACCGGAUCGUUCAGAGAUAUACAUGAUCCUACGUGUGUUUUGGCUUAAUAGCGAUAAUAUUAGCAUGUGCGUAUACUUUGACCCUGAGCAACUGAGGCAAGACGGGAGAUUGUUAUUCACGGCGCAAACAUGGUCUGUCACGCCUACUGUGGAAUCUGAAGAUUAAUUACUCUGCCAUGGUGUGGCACAGAAGGGCUAGAUUAAGCCCAAAGCUUUGGCAGGAGGGCACGUUGCCAGAGCAUUGAGAGGUAGCAUCUGUAUCUAACAGGCCAUCGCAUGGCUGUCUUGAUGCUGGCAAUUUCUCCAAUAGAACUUUUAGAGUGUAUCAAUAACAAGAAAAUUAUGAUCUAACCAGGC